AUGAUGUACACGAUUACCAGGGGACCUAGCAAGCUAGCCACCCAGAGAAGGACAGGUCCCACGCAGCAGGUGGAGAGCAAGGCGGCGGAUCUGAAAGGCCGGCAGCCGCCGCACAGCGCCUGGCCUCUGUCAAGUAGCCCAACUCCCAAACUCGUGUUCAACAGAGUGAAUGGCAAGAGGCCCCUGGUGACGACACAGCCCACGGCAGCCACGGAGGAGAGCUACACGCUGGCCCACGAGGAGAACGUUCGCUUUGUCUAUGAAACCUGGCAGCAGGUAGAACAGCAGCUGGAUGGCAGCCGGCCAGGGGAGAGCCGGCAUGGCCCGGUGCAAUACGCAGAGAAAACUCCUAACCCCGUGUUGACAAAUUUUGUGCCGAUUGACCUGGAGGAGUGGUGGGCGCAGCAGUUUCUAGCCAAAAUUGAAAACGGCUCAUAA